GCACUCCCAGCAUACAGUUUACCAGCACAAACAGAUGCACAGCAAGCAGGGAGAAUAUUGUGGAUUAUAACUGCAAACGUUGACCUCCAUGGGGUAGCCAUACAGAUGCAGUGGAUUACUUGGAUAGUUAAAUGAUCAUCAUGAAGUACAUACAGCAAGAGGCAAAAAGGAUCCUAUAGAUUUCUUGAGAACAUGUGGCAAUAAAGUGGUGAGACCCUGACGAUGGGUGACUGGAACCUGCUGGGCAGCAUCCUGGAAGAGGUCCACAUUCAUUCGACCAUCGUGGGCAAGAUCUGGCUUACCAUUCUCUUCAUUUUUCGCAUGUUGAUCCUGGGGGCAGCUGCUGAGGAUGUAUGGGAUGAUGAGCAGUCAGCAUUUGUGUGCAACACUGACCAACCGGGUUGCAAGGCAGUCUGCUAUGAUCGUGCCUUCCCCAUCUCGCUCAUUCGCUUCUGGGUCUUGCAGGUAAUCUUCGUCUCUGCACCCUCACUAGUUUACAUGGGCCAUGCCCUCUACUGCAUCCAAGCCCUGGAGAAGGAGCGGCAUAGGAAACGGAUACAGCUGAAGGAGGAGAUGGAUGAGGCAGAACUGGCAUUGGAUGAGCAUAAACGACUAGAGAGGGAGCUGAGGAAGCUGGACGAACUGCGAAAGGUAAAAAAGGCACCUCUUCGAGGCUCCCUCUUGAGAACCUACAUCAUUCAUAUCUUUACACGCUCAGUAGUGGAGGUGUUUUUCAUCCUUGGACAAUACAUUUUCUACGGUGUCCAAAUUCAGCCACUGUAUAAAUGUGAGAGGAUGCCUUGCCCCAACAGUGUAGACUGUUAUAUCUCUCGGCCAACAGAGAAGACCAUCUUCAUGGUUUUCAUGAUAGCCAUUGCUGGUGUCUCACUUUUCCUCAACAUUCUGGAAAUAUCCCACCUCGGCAUCAGGAAAAUAAAAAAGGCCCUCUUUGGACAGAGAUACAUGGAAGAUGACAGUUUAAUUUUCAAGUCAAAGAGGAAGGUAUCAUUGCCACAUCAUUGUGUGAUGAGUCACGUGUCACCUUACAAUGGACCUUUGAGUCAGACCUUCAAAGUAAUACCAGAAGAAGAUAUGAAGCCUCCUCAUUAUCCUGGGCUCAAAACAAGCCAUGAGUCUUCAAGGAACAACAGCAUGGCUUAUGUGGGGCACAUUCAGACCAACUACAUCUGCCCGCAACCCAGAAUACCACGCCAAUCGGACCAGAACUAUAUAAUUUCCAAAACUCAUCAAGGUCCAGAGGUACUCACAGCAAUAGUGGACCACCAUCUGGGUUUGGAAUCUGUGGUGUCUAAAGCAGAAGGAAGUGUAUCAAGCCCUCACAAGGAUACCCAUCAGAGAGAGCAUAUUGAUGCCAGCCAUUUAGAGGUUCUUCUGUGCGAUAGCGCUAAAAGACCAUCUUCUACCAACAAGCUUGAGGAUGAUCGCAGGGACUCAGUGGGAAGUGAGCUCCUUGUACCCAAACCUCGAAAAGCCAGCUUUAUGUUCAGGCCACCAUCUGAAAGUUUGUCAUCAGUCAGUCGUUCAACAAGUUCUUCCUUACAUUCCUCUGAAGAAUCAGAUGAACUGGGCUCGCUGCAGGGGGACACGCUCAUGAUGCCGCCUGCCACGGGGCGAAGAAUGUCAAUGAGUGUGUUUCUGGAUAUUUCAUCUAUCAUGAAGAAGUAGAGACGGUCAACAUCCUGACCCCAGAAAUUGUGGUCCACAUCUCACUAGCUGGGUAUCAAAGAUUGAUCCGUCAACAUUUAUGUACGACGAGCAGUCAAAAAGUAAUGUGCCCAAUUUCAUAACCGGAUUUAAUCAUGGCUUUUAUUUUUCAAAAAUUUUCACAGUUUGUAGUUUGAACACUUGUUUGAAAGUUUAUUUAAAGUUUUGUUUAAGCCUUUCCUCUUCCUGUCAGCCAUUUUGGAAAUGACAUCAUUGUUGGAUGCCCGUCAGAAGCAGAGAGCUGCGAUUGAAUUUCUUUCUUUGGAAGUGGAACUGCCACAAAACAUUUUCAAAAUGUUGACAAAGCGUGAAAAUGUUUAGGGUUAUAUCAUUAAUGAUGACACAUGAUAGCGAUGUUAUCAAUGGUGACUACGAUCUUCCCAGCACUGUUGAUGAUCUGAAGAUGGUCUGCUGCUCCUUUCUUUGUCACAGAGGUCACUCAAAGCAGGCUCUUGUUCUUCGCCUUGGAUCCUGGAUACCCCCUUUUUUACUGUGCUGUAGUCUAGUACACCUUCCCCAUACAUGUUUUGCAACCUUUUGAAAAUGGUUAGUGGUGGUUCCCCUUCCAAAGCAAGACAUUCAAUCACAGCUCUCUGCUUCUGACAAGCAUCCAACAGGCUUAAAAAACUUCUUUUUUAAAAAAUAAAUAAAUAAAUAAAUAAAAAGUAAACAUUCAAACAAGUAUUUAAACGACAAACUGAACAUUUCAGAAAAUAACCCUCAAUUAUUAGUAGGUUAAAAUCAAUUGAGCUCAUUACUUUUUGACUGCCCCUCGUACUACUCAAGUCGCCUUGGUCUCAAACCAUACAACAGUCAGUUAGGUUGAGGCUGCACAUUCGACAUUUGUUAGUUUGGAUAAGAAGCACCUUAAACUGCUUGUCUGUGGCCAAGAAGCAGGAUUGUUUUUUUUUUUCGUGGGGACUCUUUCUCUGUUGGAUUUUUGAACAAACAAACAACACAUUGUGGAUGAUGAAUCAUAUUCCUAAAAGGAUUUUUGAUUGCUUCUGUAUAAUUGACUUUCUUUUCUAAAUGAGACUUACCUAAACCCUUACCCUUUGUAAUUCUGUAUAACCAUUUACAUACAGUGCUUUGAUAAUGAUUUAUUAAUGCAAAUGCUUUUUAAUGGCUUUCAAAUGGCAUCGCUACAAGAAAUCAAAAUACACACUACACCAU